UCGCAGGCCUACAAUGUCUCAAAGGUGCUUAUGGAAAAGGCGGCGUGGACUUUCGCGCAGGACUGCGGCAUCAGCCUAGUUACGGUGUGCCCCGCUGUCACGGUUGGCGAGGCGCCAGCGAAGAUUGUCCACACCAGCGUCCCCCUUGUCCUUUCUUUGCUAACUGGUGAUGGCGAGAAGAUCCACUACCUAAAACUCAUCGAGAAGGAGUCCAGCGCUAUCCCGAUGGUCCAUGUCCACGACCUCUGCCGCGCAAAUAUCUUCGUAGCCGAGGAGGAGGCCGCGUCAGGAAGAUAUAUCUGCAGCUGCCUUGACACCACCCUCACGGAGCUAGCCACCUUCCUGGCCGCCAAGUACCCGCAGUACAACGUCAAUGUCAACAGGUUCGGUUGUCGCCCGGAGAAGCUGAGAGUCUGCAUUUCGUCGGCGAAGCUCGUCGGCGAAGGGUUCGAGUUCAGGUACAAGGCAUUGGACGAGAUAUACGACGACGUCAUCAACUACGGAAGGUCCUUGGGAAUCCUUCCGUACUAGCGGUCUAGCAUGCAUGAUGAGCCUGUAUGUAUUGGUUGGUUGGAUGUCGGAACCAACCUAAAGUUCAAAUUUGCUUAUACUAGCAAACACUGCCCGUUGCUACACGUCGAUUUUAA